AUGGCCGCCGCUGGAGGGGGGAACAUCAAGGUGGUGGUGAGGGUGAGGCCGUUUAAUGGGCGAGAGUUGGACAGGAAAGCAAAAUGCGUCGUCCACAUGCAGAACAACCAGACCAUACUCACGGCCCCAAACACCGUCGACCCCCGCUCCAAGGGCUCGAAAGCCGUGCUCGAAGGCACCAAGGCGUUCGCCUUUGACAAGAGUUACUGGUCAUUCAGCCGCGACGAUCCCCACUUCGCUGACCAAGACGACCUAUUCUCCGACCUGGGCAAGCCACUGCUGGACAACGCUUUCCGAGGCUACAACAACUGCAUCUUUGCCUAUGGCCAGACUGGAUCUGGCAAGUCGUACUCUAUGAUGGGCUAUGGGAAGGAGGCAGGCGUUAUACCCAAGAUUUGCCGAGACAUGUUCGAUCGGAUAGACGAGUUGCAGCAGGACAGCAAUCUCAAUUGCCGGGUGGAAGUGUCAUAUUUGGAAAUCUACAAUGAGCGCGUGAGAGAUCUGCUCAACCCGUCAACCAAGGGGAACCUGAAGGUCCGGGAACAUCCUUCAACCGGUCCUUAUGUGGAAGAUUUGGCGAAGCUAGUGGUACGCUCCUUCCGUGAAAUUGAGAGCCUGAUGGAUGAGGGGAACAAGGCGCGUACUGUUGCCGCAACGAACAUGAACGAGACGUCGAGCAGGUCUCACGCAGUCUUUACCAUCACUCUGACACAAAAACGGCACGACGCCGAGACAAACAUAGACAUGGAGAAGGUGGCGAAGAUCAGUCUCGUUGAUCUGGCAGGCUCGGAACGUGCUACUUCAACUGGAGCCACAGGUGCUCGGCUGAAGGAGGGCGCAGAAAUCAACCGCUCUUUGUCAACACUGGGUCGUGUCAUUGCCGCAUUAGCCGACCUAUCGACCGGGAAGAAGAAGAAUACAUCAAUGGUCCCGUACCGGGAUUCAGUCUUGACCUGGUUGCUGAAAGACUCACUAGGAGGAAACAGCUUGACAGCCAUGAUAGCGGCCAUAUCACCCGCGGACAUCAACUUCGAAGAAACGCUAUCUACCCUACGUUAUGCUGACUCUGCUAAGCGUAUCAAGAACCAUGCCGUCGUGAAUGAAGACGCGAAUGCUCGCAUGAUCAGGGAGCUCAAAGAAGAACUGGCGCAACUACGCUCCAAACUCAGCGGUGGAGCAACGCCUGGUGCUAUCAUGGGAGAGCGACACACGCCGGAUACGCCUCUGGACAUGCAGAUGGUGUCCAUCACGCAAGCUGAUGGAACUGUCAAGAGCGUGUCGAAAGCCGAGAUUGCCGAACAACUGAAUCAGUCCGAGAAGUUGUACAAGGACCUGAAUCAAACCUGGGAAGAAAAACUUGCAAGGACAGAGGAAAUUCACAGGGAGCGCGAGUCCGCGCUAGAGGAACUUGGUAUCAGUAUAGAAAAGGGCUUUGUCGGCUUGUCUACGCCGAGAAGAAUGCCACAUCUGGUUAACUUGAGCGAUGACCCAUUACUGGCUGAAUGUCUCGUCUACAAUCUCAAACCUGGGACAACCACCGUCGGGAAUGGGGACACAGCAACAAGCGCGGAGAUCAGGCUCAAUGGCUCAAAAAUCCUUCAUGACCACUGUGUCUUCGAAAAUGUCGACGGUAUAGUCACGGCGGUGCCCAAGGACGGCGCCACUGUGAUGGUAAACGGCAUUCGUAUUGAGAAGCCCAAGCGCCUACGGAGCGGCUACCGGGUCAUCCUUGGAGACUUCCACAUCUUUCGCUUCAACCAUCCCCAGGAGGCGAGAGCCGAGCGGGCGGAGCAGGUUAGCCUGUUGCGCCAAUCAGUCCUUGCUAGUGAACUGGGCUCUUCCACGCCGACACGGCCUGGACACGAGCGGUCCUGGAGUAGCAUCAGCCGCGCAGAGUCUGAUGUCGAGUGUGACAGUCCUAGGGCGGCGUCGCCGUUUCCCACCCAAAGGAGCGGACGUGACUCAGAUUGGGCUUUUGCCCGUAGAGAAGCGGCCACCGCAAUCCUAGGAUCCGAUCAGAAAAUAUCCAACAUGACAGACGACGAGCUGGACGUUCUGUUCGACGAUUUACAGCGUGUGCGUGCCGGGCGUAAAGGUAGGCCGGAGAGCAGAUUGUUCGAUGCGGAGGAUGACUUGGACUCUGUGACCUCGUGUCCUCUGCGCGAUAAAUAUGCUUCCAACAGUACACUCGACAAUCUCUCGGUUGAUACUAUCCUGACCAUACCUUCGACUCCACAACUUGGCGAGGAAGACGAGCGGCUGCGGCUCAUUCGGGAAGACAUGCAAAACCGGCUGGAAAAACAGAAAGAAGACUAUCAGGCAAAACUCAAGGUCGCGGAAGAGUCUAUGAUUCAGAUCGAAGAAGUGCGCGCAGAAAAGGUGCAGAUGGAGGAAACCCUCAGGACAGUGCGGGAAGACAUGCAGAGGCUACUGCAGCAGCAGAAGAAUGAUUUCGAGCGUCAGUUGAAUGAACUGAGAGAACUCACACUGCAAGUUACUGGUUCCGAAGAUGCGUCCGCUGACAUCGCUACCAAACAUCAUGCCUUGGCAAGUCACGUGUUUGACCGAUGGCGGCAGCGUAGGUAUGUCGCUAUGGCGGAAAGCGUUCUCCGGGACGCAAUCACACUUAAGGAAGCCCAAGUCAUGAGUCGGCGGAUGGACAAGCACGUUGUCUUCCAGUUUUGCAUCAUUGACAUUGGUCACUUGUCCGCUUCAUCGUACGACCUUGUCAUGAAUGGCAUAUCCGGCGAGGACGACGAUGGUUUGCAAGAGGCGCAGAAACCGUGCAUCGGCGUGAGAGUAGUAGAUUUCAAGCACAUUGUUGUUCACCGCUGGUCGUUGCAGAAGCUGAGGCAGCGGGUGCUUCUCAUGCGCCAAAUGAACCAAUACACCGACCGCCCGGGAUACUCACGACACCUUCGGCUCGAGAAUCCCUUCUCCGAGGCGUGCCUCCCGAAGUAUUCUCAUGUCGGCGACGCUGAUGUCCCGCUUGUAGCUGUCUUCGAAUCCCGUGUGCAAGACUUCGCCUUGGACGUUGUAUCACCGUACACCUUCAACGUUAUUGGUAUCCUCAGGCUGUCGUUAGAGCCGUCUUCAGCUGAAGCGCCGUCGUCAACUCUCAAGUUCAAUGUCGUCAUGCAUGACAUGGCAGGCUUUGCAGAACGUGAAGGGACUGACGUCCAUGCUCAGCUGUUUGUCUCCGGGACGGAAGAUGAGGGCGGGGCGACGACCACCCAGACAAUUAAGGAUUUUGACGAAGGCCCCGUACAAUUCGAAAGCGUACAUAGCAUGAGUCUACCGUCCUGCAGAGAUUCCACCUUUGCUUUACGGGUCUCUAUAUUCGCCAAAGUAACCACUUUGUAUCUCGAUUCAUUACUGAGCUGGGAUGACCUCAGAGACACGACGCCUCAACCGAAGCAGAAGCGGCACAACUCUCGCCUUGCAGAAUCGGAAUUCUAUAGCGAAGACAGACACGACGUCUUCACCGCGGUGCAGAUCCACGAGAUAUCGGAAGACGGGACUUACAGGCCUACAAAAGUGUUCCAGCGCAGUCCCUCAGAUACCGGAGUUUAUCAGCUUCAUCAAGGCCUGCAGCGGAGAAUUGUAAUCACUGUGACACACAGCUCCGGCCUAGACCUGCAGUGGAAGACGGUUUCACACCUUCGCGUUUCGGAUAUCCGUCUACUCGACUACACUGGGCGAUCUCCAGACCUAGGUUCACCAUCACGGGAGAUUCGGCUAACCCUCGUGUCACGGCCUGUUGUCAAGGAACAUGCCAACGGUACCACCAGUGCCAUUCUCGUGGGCUAUUGGGACUCCAGUGCUCAUGGCUCGCAGCUCCUCGACCGGGUCACUGCGGAGAACCAUAGGGUGCAACUGUCCCUGCUCUGGUGUGUGGAGUGUGCGAAACUGGCAGAUCCGGUACACUUCUCGCUGGAUCUUACCGUGCAGAUACAAUCACGAUUCCACAUUCAACCCACACCUAAGUUCAUCAAGUUACUGUGGAAGCCAGCAGUUAGAAUUGUGUACUCCACGACAGGUAUUUUCUCUUUGACUAUCCGACCCACUGCAGCCAAGCGCGCUGUCGAUCUAUGGCGCAUGGGUACCCAGCAUGGCUACGUAGCAGGCGAGGAACUACUGAAUGGAUGGACGCCGAGGGGUGUUUCUCUCAUACGGGACUUCAUCGCAUUCCGCAGGCGGCGUGCCAGAACCUACGAGGUCGAAACCACCCGAUGCAUGCUUGGACAUCGCGCGUCGACAGCGUUCAGUGAAACUGAGCCGGCGGCCCACGAUACGCUCACGGAGAGGCAAGAGCAGCUGUUACGCAAAGUCAUUGCGCUCUGGCACCCGAAAGAAGAUAUCGGUGAGGCCAUACUUACGCCCUCGAAUACCGAACCUCCUCCGGAUGGCGCUGUUUCCGCCGCCAGCAAUGGUACAACUCCGCGAGAUCUCGUGGCGGAGGUUUCCCAUAUCCCAAAAAAUCCUGACGUUCUCAAGUCCGGCUACCUUGCAUGCCUGGAUGAUGCCAAUACGCGGUGGGUCAAGCGCUUCGUAGAGUUUCGAAAGCCGUACUUGCACCUAUACGUGGUUCCCGAAGGCAACGAAAUCAACGCUAUUAAUCUAGCAAACGCGCGCAUCGACCACGAGCCACAGGUUGCGAAGUUGUUAAGAAGACCGAAUAUAUUCGCCGUGUUUGCGCCUGGCAAUUCGUUCCUUUUCGCUGCGGGCAGUGUUAGGGACAGGACUGAGUGGAUGUUUAGGAUCGAUCAAAGCUUUGUUAAUAGCGAGAGCUCAGCGUCUGAAGAUAACAUGUAG